GAUUUACAAGAUGCAGAAAACGAAACGCAAAACCAAAGUCUGUCUUUUGAAACAGUUGAAGGUAACCCUUCUUUUGCAUAAUAAAUUUAGUGUGUAUGCAUUAUCAGUUUCUGCAUGCAUGGAACAACAAUACCACAACUACAGUAUUUUUAUUGUAAUAUAGAAUCUCAGGAGAUGGUGCUUAGCCCAAACACUGUAGAGUCCACAAGCCAGACAACCCCAGAUCUUACCAUCAACACUCCCAGGAAAAAGAAGCUUCGAAAUUCUAUAAAAAGAAAGAAUAACAAGAUUUACAGGAUGAAAAUGCAAUUAAAACCAAAGAAAAUAAAAAAAAGUGAAAGCACCCUAAAAGAAGAAUUGGCACAACUACCAGAAAAUGUAGCAAACUUUAUACGGGAGCAAAUAAAACUCCAUUCAAAAAAGAGUCAUGGGCGAAGAUAUUCACCAGAGUUGAAAACGAUGGCGCUGUCCUUAUACCACGCAAGUGGCAAAGCAUACCGACUUCUUUCCAAGAUCUUUGUCUUACCAAACAAGGCAUCUUUAAAAAGAUACAUUUCAAAACUUCCAACAGUAGCUGGAAUUUCUGAAGCAAUCCUGAAGGCAAUCCAACAGAAGGUCCAACACAUGAAUGAAAUGGAAAAGAUUUGUUCCUUGUGCAUUGACGAAAUUUCGUUGAAAAAUCACCUAUACUACAAUGUGCCUGAUGACAUCAUCACUGGAUUGGAGGAUUUUGGAAUUGGUGUGCGAAGCAACAAAAUUGCCACAUCUACCCUUGUUCUUUUAAUUCGAAGCAUAUCUGGAAACUGGAAACAGCCAAUCGGUUAUGCUUUGGUAAAUGGUUCCUGUCCAACUGAUUUCCUUGAUGGGCUUAUUCGCAAAGCAAUUGAGAAGCUUGAUGCCAUUGGUUUGCGAGUACUUGUUGUGAUGUCUGAUAUGGGUUCGAAUUUCUACAGCUUGGCUCUGCAUCUUGGUAUCACUCCUGAGAAGCCUUGGUUCACCCACAAAAACAAAAUCUACUUCUUGAUGUUUGAUCCACCACAUUUAAUUAAGUGCAUCAGAACUAACCUCAUGAAAUAUACAUUUAAGUUUGGGAAACUUGUUGCAAGCUGGAAAGAUAUUGAGGCAUUUUACAACAAAGAUAAGUCACUACAAAUCAGAUCUGCACACAAACUGACAAAUAAACAUAUUCACCCAAACAACUUCAACAAGAUGAAGGUUAAGUAUGCCACACAAGUUUUAAGCAACACAGUUGCAGCCUCAUUAUGCACAUACAUCAGUUUAGGUGUCUUGCCACAAACUGCAAUGGGUACAGCACAUCUCAUUCUUAAAUUUGAUAGCUUAUUUGACAGUGUCAACAGUUCCAAACUCUACUCACCUAAGCAAAUCAAGAAACCUAUCACAGAAACAUCGAAUCAUGUCAACUUCGUUAAGGACAUGAUAGAUUUCAUUAAAAGUUUACAAGUAUUUCAAGGCAACACUGAUGUAACAGGUAGAAUUAAAUGCAUUAAAGGAUGGCUUGUCACAAUUAAUGCAAUCAUUUUAAUCUGGAAUCAUCUUAACAAGCAUCGCAACUUCAAGUUCUUAUUCACACGUAGGUUGAACACAGAUCCAAUUGAAAACUUUUUUGGUACAAUAAGGCAACAGGGAGGGAAUAGUGACAACCCUACACCAAUACAGUUCACUAGGGCCUUUAGGAAACUUCUUUUCAGUUCCCUUUUCACCUCCGGCAAUGGUAACUGUGCAGAAGAUUUGGAUUCACUCCUUUCCCAAGUUUCAAACCGCUCUAACAAUGCAGCAUUGGUGAGACCAGGUCGUCAACCACAAACAUUGGUACUAGGAGAAACAGACUACAGAGAGAAAGAAGUCAGUUCCAGCAUCGUCCAACAAAAUGCUGUUGCAUAUGUUGCCGGAUACCUUCUCAAGAAGUGCUUCACUGUUCACAAAUGCUCUUUGUGCAAAGACGCCACCAUGUCCCAAACUGCAGAUUCUGCAAAUUUGUUGUACUGUUAUUAUAAGAACUACAAUGAGAGCACACAGUCCCAAGGAUUAAUCUUACCAUCCCAGCACUUCCUUGAUUUUGUUCUGCAUCUAGAAGAUGUUUUUGUGCAGCAAUUCUCAGCAUAUAACAGGUCCAAAUUAGUUGGUGCUAAUUUGCUAAAGAGCCUCCAAAGUGUGUCCAUCACAUUCCAUUCUUGCCCAGAGUUUCCUAUGGACUACAUGUUAAAGCUUUUUCUCCGGAUGCAUAUAUAUUACACCAUCAAGUUCGAAAACAGAAGACUGGCAACUCCAACUAAAAAAGGAAGAAAGAGCAGAAAGUACAUUAAAGUUAGCCAUCUAUAA